AUGGAGGAUUGUAACUCGAGCAAGUAUCCUAUGGAAAAAAUGUUGCAGCUCAAAAAGGAUGUGGAAGGAAGCUUAGUGGAUCUAAAGGAGUAUAGGCGUAUCAUCGGGAGUCUUAGGUACUUGACGCACACUCGACCCGAUAUCUCUUAUGCAGUUGGCAUAAUUAGUCGAUACAUGGAGAAACCUACCACUCUACGCCAACAAGUAGUAAAACACAUUUUUCGUUACGUGAAUGGAAUGACGAGUUAUGGGAUUAAGUUAAAAAGAGGACGAGAAGUUGAAGAACUCGUUGGUUUUACUGACAACGACCUAGUCGGUGACACAAACGAUAUAAAAAGUACUAGAGGGAUGGGAAAAAAUGAAAAGGUUCAAGGGCUUGCUCUCCGAGAAGAAAAUAAUAGGUUAAAAGACAUGAGUCUCUCAAUGAAACGGUUGUUAAACGAGAACUCGUGUCAUGGUUGUAAGGUUCUUACUCCCAUCGAACAAGCGCAACUUGCAAAUAUAAGACAACAUCAAGCUGAUAUUUUUCAAUUCAAGCAAAAGGUAACAUGGAUGGAACAUGUUGAAAUUGAAGACAUAGAUGGGUUCAAAUACUUUCAAGGUCUUUCCAUAGAACUGCUUCAGAACCAAUUUGAUAGCCCAUGUAUUGGAAGUUAUGACUCAAGAAGAUAG